CUGGACACAUGGUAUCCGCAGUAUCUACGCUGCACGCAGUACUUCCUCGAGCAAGGCCAAUUCUCGCCCGCAGUGCUAUCGCUAGCUGCGUUUCUGAACAUCCGUCUACCGUGCCAGCGGAUUGAGCACCAACAAACCUCCUCCUCGGACGCAGGAGGGACAACAGCGACAGCAGCAGCAGCAGCAGCAGCAGCUCACGUGCAGCUGCGGCGGUACAUUCGACGACUCGUGGUGACGGGGCACGACAGCCCCGAGGUGCUGCAGGCCUUCUUCGGCGCGGCGUGGGCGGGCGGGGUGGGGUGUGUGGUGCAGCAGGAGCGGCAGACGUACCUGUUUACGGCGAAGAGCAGCGGGUGGGCGGCGACCAAAGCGGCGUACGACCUGCCGCCGGACGAGCAGACGCCCUUCCUGCGUCCGCUGCGGGCGCCGGCGGAGGAGGAGCUGCGGCUGGCGGAAUCGCGGUGGAGUGACUGGUUGGCGAUGGAGGACUGGAUGGUGGGGCCUCGGAGUCCGUGG